UUCGUCGACAGCGAGCAGGAAACGAUCCGCCAGACCAGCUCGAGAGCGUUACUACUUCCCUAACGAGGAUUCACAUUCAGUUUUAGUUCAACCACCGGUCGCUUCGCAUUGUUCAGCCGUCGUCGCGUUCGGGCGCUUUGGAACUGGAUUACAGUUUUUUUUUGCCGAGCUAAUCUGUUUCGGUUUGAUUGUUUGCAACAAAAAAACGAGGACAACAAAAAAUCGCCAACAGUUGCACAGGAUAACGGCACAAAUCGGGGGAGUCGUCGGUCGUCGCCGCGGUCCGUUCGGCCACAUCAAAAAGGGAGAGAGUGAGAGUGAAGAGGGAUGGUGGAGUCGCAUGGUUUGUGGUGACCGAGAGAAUGAUGAAGUGUGUACAUAAAGUAUCGGGCUUUCGGUGAAGCUUCGCGGGGUCUUGCCGCCGGCGGGGGUUGUGCUCGUGAUAAUAGAAAUGCCCGUUCAGGGGUUUAACCAAUUUCAUGGACGUCACCCACAUUCAUCCAUUGAAAGCGAAGUUAAACGCCCAGGUGCGGUACCAUCGCAGUGAAGUGAAAUCGCCCGGUGCUGCUGCAGUGCUGCUGAUCUUUCCCACGGCAGAAUAUCGUAAAACGGGGUAUCUUUGAUAGUGCAGGUCCCACGAUUUACUAAGUGAAGCGACUAAGAUGCCAGUGCUUAUUUUAAAAAUGUUAAAAAUAGAACAGAGUGUAGAACUAUUCAAAUUUCUUUUCAAAUAAAACAAUCAAAGCUAUCCCGUUUCACGGUAUCUACGUUGGAUGGACGGUGACGAAGAAGUGUUCUUUUUUUUGUGCCGAAGAAAAAUCCACGGAGGGAAAACGAAAACGGGACGGUUAGAGGUUUGUUUUUGUUGCGCUCUUUGUAACUCGUGCUCGGUUUGUGGAGCUAAGAAUUAAAGGCUGUUGUUUUGUUUUACCUCCUCCGGCCGGUGUGUGUGGUGGAAAAAGCGGUUACUGUUGCUUUUCAUCGCUUUUAUGCUGCAGUCAGUCAGUGAGUGUAAAACUACGGACAAAGGCCACAAAUUCAUCAUUCUACCCGGCAAACAUUGCCAAGGUGACACACUACGUGAUGGGGCUAUCGCAUCCGAUGUAUCGUUGUCGGAAGAGUAGCCCAACAAGCAAUACAACCGAGAGCAUGGACACACAACACCUGGGUUUCAGACACGAGUAUAUCAAGUGGUGAUAAUCUGCUUUCGUGCAGCAGAAGUACAAGACUCGAGUGAAAGUACUCGACUCUACAGGAAUAGUACGUUUACAGACCAUCGCUUCGAACAAAGUGCGUGAAACUGAACUGAGCUCCCGCCGCGGAAAUGCGUCCCAAAUUGGCGAACCCAACGUCCAACAGCGAUUUGUUGGAAAUGUGGCUUUGGUCGGUAUCGAAACCAAUCAAUUAUUUUAAAUUCGCCAACCAGGCAGCGAACGAUUACCGGGCCGGUUAUGGUUGGGCACCACUGCGGUUAAAUCUGUCCUACCACCUUUCGACCACGACCGUUGACUCCGUGCUCAGCGUGGUGGACGACAACGACAGGGAUGGAACCGCAUUCGACGAGGACGAGGACGACGAUGGCACAAAUGCUCUCAACAAUUACUGGGCGCUUUUGGCCAUUGUGUUGGUGUUUGGCACUGCGGCCGGAAAUAUCCUGGUCUGCUUGGCCAUCGUGUGGGAACGGCGGCUACAGAACGUGACCAACUACUUCCUGAUGUCGCUGGCCAUUACCGACCUGAUGGUGGCCCUCUCGGUGAUGCCGCUCGGAAUCCUGACACUGGUCAGAGGAUACUUCCCGCUGCAGUCCGAGUACUGCCUGGUGUGGAUCUGCCUGGAUGUGCUGUUUUGCACCGCGAGCAUCAUGCAUCUGUGCACCAUUUCCGUCGAUCGAUACCUGUCGCUGCGGUACCCGAUGCGAUUCGGGCGGAACAAGACCCGGAAACGGGUGGUACUGAAAAUCAGCUUCGUAUGGCUGCUAUCGAUUGCGAUGAGUUUGCCAUUAAGCCUAAUGUACUCGCAGAAUCACGCUUCGGUGCUGGUCGAGGGAACCUGCCAGAUCCCGGAUCCGGUGUACAAGCUGGUCGGAUCGAUUGUCUGCUUCUACAUCCCGUUGUGCGUGAUGCUGAUUACAUACACCCUGACGGUUCGCUUGUUGGCGCAGCAAAGUCAGAACCUGUGCGGGGCUGCCGGAGCCGUGGCCAGCGCCACUGGAAGUUGGUCAAGCGGAUGGCUCGGGCAGGCUCCGGUCUUCGACCGGCGAAACACCUGGAAGCGCAUUAUUAAACUAAGCUUGCCGUCGACCCCGAACCAUGCUCACUCGGCGGCAUCGACCGACACCGAGCUUUCAACGUUGGACAAUCACGAUCUCUGGCUGCUGGAGUCCAGUAUUCCGGAGCCGACGCCAUCGACCAUGACGGCGUUGCACCAAUUCGGGGAGGAAAUGCUCAAGCUUUCACGUGGUUUGGAAACGGUCACCAACAGUACCCACAACAACAACAGCAAUAUCAACAACGGGAACAGUAAUAAAAAUGGCAACACAAUACGAAACGGCGAACAGCAAUCCCGUGAAAGUGGAUGCCCCUCGCUUCUGCUGCCCACCACGAUUGCCCACCAUGGGACCAGCGAGAUCCGAAACGGACCCGGGACCGACACUGAUGGAAAAAAAUUUCCUCUCAGGAAAAAGUCCGUCAGCAUGGCAACGAAGCCGCAACCACCGAAAAAGCGACGCAGUUCAACGUCCGCGUGGAUCAACCGGCGCAACUCGGCAACGCCACCCUCGACUGCGGUGCGCAAACGUUUCAAGAGUCUUCCCUUUGCAGUGCUGCCACCGGAGGGCGUCGAUCCGGAUAUCAUCGUCGAUGAGUUCUACCUUCAGGAAGCUCUGCUACGCAACAAGGAAAACUCUCAUCGACACACCGACGACGAUGUCACCCAGGCGAUGACCGAAAACGACGAUAGCAGUCGAAGCUAUAGCGAAACCAGUGAAGGAACGUCAGUGAACCUUCUGAAACUGCCGCCUCCCUGCAAAUGCCCAUACUUUGGCGAAAGUUGUAGCAAGCAGCAGUACGAGGGGAUUCGCCCCGCCGAGAUCAAGAUUGUGAAAACAACCUCAAACUUUAGCUCAAUCUCGAAUUUUGACACACAGAUCUACAGCAAUAUUUCAAUCUCCUCUCAGCCAACCCGAUCGACGUCGAGCAGUCUAUCGACGUUGCCGGCUUCGUCGGUGGUAUCGCCAAACAAGAAAGGAAACCACUUGAAGAGCGUUUCAGUGGUUACUUGGGACUCCCGUCGACAUCAACGGCGUGGAUCCAGCUUUGGAGGAGCUCGCACAUCUCUGCUGUUGACUCCGACUAAGCCCAGCACUUCGAGUACCUCCCUGAGACGAUCAGCCACUCUACGGCAUCACAACGAAAGUACACCGUCUAUUGUGGUGUCAGGAGUAGCUCCGAAGAAGAACAGCUCAUCGCCUUGCCUAAUUCAACGGCAAGCCACAAUUCGAUCGCAUCACUCGAGAAACUCUAGUGUUAUUUCUCGGAACUCAUCACGCCAUGGGCGCAUCAUUCUUUUAGAGCAGAAAGCAACCAAGGUGCUAGGGGUGGUAUUCUUCACCUUCGUGGUGCUGUGGGCCCCGUUCUUCGUGCUGAACCUGUUGCCGAGUGUGUGCAAGGAGUGCGAAGACAGCAUCAACCACUGGGUGUUCGAGUUCGUGACCUGGCUCGGGUACGCCAGUAGCAUGGUUAACCCGAUUUUCUAUACGAUUUUCAACAAGGCGUUCCGGGAUGCCUUCAAAAAGGUGCUACUCUGCCGAUACGGAUCAAAACCGGCCUGGCAGCCGAGCAGCUAGCAGCACUGUUCCACUGUCACUCGUACGGUAGCUGUUUAGCACAGGAGGUGUCUAGGCCAAAGUAAGAACCGCUUCCCGUAUUUUUCCGAAGUGGGCUCAAUGUUGCACUACUACUAUUUUUCUAUGAACGUGUACCUAUUAGCGAAUUUUUACGAAACUUGAGAUGUCGUCGUGUGUUAGAAGGGAAAAAUAAAUGUAUACACUCUGUUUAGAUGAA